GACUGGAAAAAACAUAAAUAUUGUGAAAAUUUGUCGACCAUCAAAACAUUUGAAGUCAAUAAUGAUACAAGAGCAGAAGCGUCAAAUUCUCCAUUUUUAAUGAAUUUUAAUUUGGAACCAAUCUGGCUAAAAAUAGCAAUAAUUGGUGAUAAUGAUGUUGGAAAGACAACACUUGCUCGUCGUGCUUUUUAUCCUUCCAGGAAACAUGAUCGUGAGAUCGAAUAUGAAGAUACCGGUGUAAUUAUUCUAUGCUUUGCAUUGGAUGCUCCACAAACGUUAACUAAUAUCGAGAAAAUCUGGAUUCCUGAUAUUAAAAAAAAAUUUCCACAUAAGAUGCCACCUUUAUUAUUGGUUGGGAAUAACAAACAAAUAGAGGACUCGAUACCGGUUAUCGACAGUGAGGAUUUUACAUAUGCUGAAAUUUUCAAAAGUUAUAUGGAAGUUAACCCAAUGAAUGAGGAAAAUUGUAUCAAAGUGUUUGAUAAAAUUUCUCUGGCCUGUGUACCAAAAGUGAGAAGACCACGUAAUGAGAAUGAUCCCUUUGCCGAAACAAAGAUUAAUCAAGGAGCAGUUUCAAUGUUUAAGAGGCCUGAUAAUCUCUCUAGGUUCGAAUUAUAUAAUGAUCUCUUUGCUGAAACGAUUAAUAAUCAAAAAUUAAACUUGAAUUCUCAGUGGUCUGAAAAUAAUUUCACGGCUGAAACAAUUUUA